AUGUUACCUUCACCUCUCAAGGAUGCCGACUCCUCUUUCAUACUCCCAGACCAGACAUGUCAGCGUUUUACUCUUGCUGAGAUUGAAGCGGCUACCGAAAACUUCGACGAGGCUUUAGUCAUUGGCAGGGGAGGAUUCGGCAAGGUGUAUAAAUGUUCCAAAAUCGGGUCAAUGAGCCAUGUUGCAGUCAAACGGUUGCAUUCCAUGUCCAAUCAAGGAGCCCAUGAAUUUGUGUCGGAAGUCAAGGUCCUCUCUAAGCUGCGACAUGGUAAUCUUGUAUCCUUAAUUGGUUAUUGCAAUGAAGUAAAAGAGAUGGUGCUCGUUUAUGAGUUCAUGCCGAAUGGAACACUUGAAGAUCAUCUUCGCUCCCCUGAUUUAUCUUUAUCAUGGUUACAACUACUCAAGAUAUGUAUAGGGGCAGCUCGAGGAUUAGACUACCUUCACAUGGGUACAUCAACUCAACAUGGAGUCAUACACCGAGAUGUGAAGUCAUCCAAUAUUUUGUUGGAUGCGAACUUUGCUGCUAAAAUUUCAGAUUUCGGAUUGGCUAAAGUUGGGGUAAUUGAUCAGACACGAACUCAUAUGAGCACAGCUGUGAAAGGGACAUUUGGGUAUAUGGAUCCGUGCUAUAUCUAUACCGGAAAAUUGACGAUGAAAACUGAUGUUUACGCUUUUGGUGUUGUACUCUUUGAGGUGUUAUCAGGAAGAAAAGCUGUAGAUUCAAGUCUUGAUGAAGAGCACUGGGGUUUAGCAGCUUGGGCUCAACACCAAAUCAAAGAAGGAAAGAUCAAUCAAAAUAUUGACCCGAGAUUGAUUGGACAAAUAUCAAAAAAAUGCUUGAAAGAGUUUGUAAGCAUAGCAGGCCACUGUUUACACACUCAACCGAAACACCGCCCUACCAUGGCAGAGGUUGUUUUCAAGCUCGAGUCUAUUCUUUCACAAGAAAGAGAAAGCGCCAAUUCGGUUGUUGAUGAUGAAGGAUUCAUCUUCAAGCUAAGAUCUCUUUUCGUUGGGAAAGUAGCUGAUGUUAAUGAUCCAAUAGGAAAAGAUACUGAUGAAAGUUUUAGAACGUUCACAUAUGCUGAAUUGGUAAUUGCAACGAAUGGUUUCCAGGACAAGAAACAAUUCCCAAAUAUAAAUGAAUCCAUUUACAAAGGUUGGGUUGAUGAAAAGACAUAUGCGCCAACAAAAUACGGUGUUGGUUUAGCGAUGUAUGUUAGGAAAAUGGAGAUUCCAACACGAAAGGACAUCAAGCCAGAAGAUUUCAAUCAUCCGAACAUUGUAAAACUCUUGGGAUAUUGCUUGAAUUAUCAUGAACUAUUUUGUGUUUACAAGCUCAUAUCUGGCAUAACUUUGGAUAGAUAUCUGUACGAAGAGUCACGUAGAACUUCACUUUCGUGGGUUGCACGAUUAAAAAUAGCAAUAGGAGCAGCUGAAGGCUUGUUGUAUUUACAUAAGAGGAACCAGCCAGCAUAUAGCCAAUUUAAGACCCAUCAUAUAUUAGUGGAUGAGGAUUUUAAUGCUAGGCUUACAGAUAUUGGUUUUGAUACUCACACCUUCCAGUUGGAUGCAUAUUAUUAUGCAGCCGUUUAUAACGAAUCAGAUACAUUUGAUGGUAUUCACCGACUCCAACUUCCUGAAAAUGGUUUUGCAAUCAAGAGUGAAGUCUAUGCGUUUGGAGUGGUACUGUUGGAAAUACUAACAGGGAUGAAGGUGUAUGAUAGGAGGAGGCCCCUUGAAAAGCAAAAACUGGUGGAAUGGGCUAUUCCAAUUCUAACAGAUGAGGUUAAAUUGAGAAUGAUUAUGGACCCACAAUUUCAACAUAUUGAUUGUCCUCCAAAGGAAGCAUUCAAGUUCGCUCAACUUAUUUUAAACUGUCUUCAACCAAAACAAGAGAAACACACAUCAAUGGAAUACAUCUUGAAGGUGUUGCAUCAUUGCUAUCAAAAUGAAAUCAAAACAGUUUGGCUCUUAAAACUCAAACAAAAUAGUUCUUAUAUUAAUAGACCUUUGAAUGUACGUAUACGAGGUCCUGGAAAUCAGAUGAAUAAAUAAGUAGG